UGUUGUAACAACGGGUGCUUUAUUCCGCAAAUGCUUCAUCCAAAACACUUCCUAUUACCAUUCACCAUCUAUGCCAGACGUAUCACCCCAAAUCCCCGAGGUCUCUCCAACCCAGCACCUGAAGCAGGCAAGGCCCAGGGCGAUCGAAAGCUUUACGUCAAGCCGGAUGCCAGGUGGUCGUUUAGGCGGUCUAGUAACAGAGGCUGGUCUGUUCGGGGGCGGUAGGUUAUCAAACGGAAGAAAACCAAGCGGUUUCUGGGUAGAAUGUUCUUCUCGGCCGCAGUUGAUGUUGAAUUCGUGGUUUGAUGGAAGACGGAACUCGGAGGAAUGCGCGACACGAGCUGGAGUUGGGGCUUUCCGUCGAGCGAGGAGGAACGGAACGGAGCUAGGCACCACAAGGCUGUCGGUGGGUUAGACGACAGCGGGAAGCCAAAAUGCGGGGAAGACGACACAAUGGCGUCUCGGUGCGUCUCGAUAAUGGAAUGUUGUCGGAAUCGGGAAGAAUUGUAUGAACAGCGAGGAAGCGUCGAAGAAGGAUGAUCAGGUCGGUGAGGGUGAAGGUGGUCGACCUAUCCCGGCAACCCUUGGAUGCGACCCUUGAACGCCCCUAGCUGCCAGUGC